CUUAAGCAUAUUUUGGGCCAACAGAAAGCCGGCAAAAGAAUCUCUUCGUCUGCUGUCUCUAUCGCUCUCUCUCUCUCUCUCAUGGCGGAAGCUCCUCACGGACUUCGAAUUCUUCUUCACCAGCAUCAGAAGGAGCGAACGCCCGUUCACAUUUCUAGCCACGCUGAAAGAGACCGAGUUCUUGAAAUAUUCCGAAGUGCUAUAUUGCAACCUGGACCACCUGCAAGUUUUGCUCUUCAAACAGUGCAAGAUGCUAUAAAACCCCAGAGGCAAACUAUAUUAGUCCAAGAUGAGAAUCAGCUAUUGGAAAAUGCACUCCGAACAUUACUUCAAGAAUUGGUGUCUUCUGCAGUUAACUCAGGGGAACUGAUAAUGCAGUAUGGCCAUUCUAUUGAUGACAAGGAAAGGAUUCAGGGUCAAAUACCACGCCUUCUAGACAUUGUUCUGUAUCUUUGUGAGAGAGGUCAUGUUGAGGGUGGUACGAUAUUCCAACUGCUGGAAGAUUUGACUGAAAUGUCUACUAUGAGAGACUGCAAAGAAGUUUUUGCUUAUAUAGAGAGUAAGCAAGACAUACUGGGGAAGCAAGAGUUGUUUGGGCGAGGGAAGCUUGUGAUGUUGAGGACAUGCAAUCAGCUUCUUCGUCGCCUCUCAAAGGCGAAUGAUGUGGUAUUCUGUGGACGAAUAAUUAUGUUUCUGGCUCAUUUUUUCCCAUUGUCAGAACGUUCGGCUGUGAAUAUAAAGGGAGUUUUUAACACUUCAAAUGAGACAAAAUAUGAGAAGGAUGCUCCUGAUGGCAUUUCUGUUGAUUUCAACUUUUACAAGACGUUUUGGAGUUUACAGGAACAUUUCUGCAAUCCUGGACCCACAACACUUGCUCCAACCAAAUGGCAGAAAUUUGCAUCAAAUUUAAUGGUUGUUUUAGAUACCUUUGAAGCUCAACCUUUGAGUGAUGAUGAUGGAAAUACAAACAAUCUCGAGGAAGAAGCGGCAACUUUCAGCAUAAAAUAUCUUACAAGCAGUAAACUGAUGGGUUUAGAGUUGAAAGAUCCAAGUUUCCGACGCCAUAUUCUUGUCCAGUGCCUUAUAUUGUUCGAUUAUUUCAAGGCCCCAGGGAAGAAUGAUAAGGAUGGACCGUCUGAAAGCAUGAAAGAGGAAAUUAAGUCUUGUGAAGAACGGGUAAGGAAGCUUCUUCAGGUGAUUCCACCUAAAGGAAAGGAGUUUCUUCACUGCAUUGAGCAUAUACUUGAAAGGGAAAAGAAUUGGGUUUGGUGGAAACGUGAUGGUUGCCCCCCAUUUGAAAAGCAACCAGUAGAAAAGAAAACAGGUCAAGAUGGAGUAAAAAGACGGAGGCCACGGUGGAGACUGGGAAAUAAAGAACUCUCCCAGUUGUGGAAGUGGGCAGAUCAGAAUCCUAAUGCUUUGACUGAUCCGCAACGUGUUCGUACCCCUUCUGUAAUGGAGUAUUGGAAACCUAUGGCCGAAGAUAUGGAUAUAUCGGCUGGAAUAGAAGCGGAGUAUCACCAUAAAAACAAUCGGGUCUACUGCUGGAAAGGCCUCCGAUUUUCAGCUCGACAAGACUUGGAAGGAUUCUCAAGAUUUACUGAAAAUGGUAUCGAAGGGGUUGUGCCCCCGGAACUUCUACCAUCAGAAGUCCGCUCCAAAUAUCAUGCUAAGCCUAGUGAGAGGUCUAAACGUGCUAAGAAGGAAGAAGAAGCAAAAGGUGCUACUCAGCAAGUGGAAGAACACCAGAAUACGACUCCUGCGGCAGAAAAUGAAAAUGGAGUAAAUGCUGAUCUGGAGGACUCAGUAGCACCAAUUGAGACCGAUGCCUCAGUCAAUAUCUCAGAGAGCGGAGCUCCAACACCUGAUGAGAAUCAGAAGCAGAGCCCUGAUACAGAGAUGGAUAAGGAGGCAGGACAGUCAGAAAUGGAAGGGGAAGUGGGAGUCGAGGCAGGGAUGAUAGAUGGUGAGACAGAUGCAGAGGGUGAACCAGAUCCAGCAAGCUAAAAAAUUGCAAGCUUUUCCCUUGAAGGGAGCUGAGAGAGACUCAGUUGCCAAAAGAAUCAGGAAUCCAAUCCCGUAAGCUAAAAAAAGAAGUAAUAUUGUGUACAGCCCCUGUGCGCUCUCAGAGCAGUUAUGGUGAAUUGAUAGCAUUGAACAAGAUCUGCUCCAGCAUGCUAGCAUUGGCGGAACAUUCUUGUGCCUCAAUGAACUUUCUCCAUACUUCAAUUGAGAGUAUGUUUUAUGUUCUGCCUAGGAGCAAUGGUUCCUGCUGAGCACGGUAUUUAGAGAAUUUUAGGCAACGGAUGAGGUUGAUGAUGGAGGGAUUAAAAGUUUAUAGUUUCAAGCAAUUUGUGGAGUCUUUGUAAGAAUUCUGUUGUGACUGGGUGCAAAGCUUUUCUGACAAGUACUACGUUUGGACUAAACAUUUUUUAUAUGGUGAAACUAGGUGUUAUUGUUGAUUUAGAGAAUGAUUUUUAC